GUGAGUGCUAGGGGCUGCCUGUCCCCGCGGCAAGGAUUUGCGAGGCCGAAGCACAAAGAGCGCUUGUUGCCCAGUCGCGGGUAGCGUCCCAGUGCUGCCAGUAGCCGGGGAGGACUGGUUACCAUGGAGCCUGCCAUCUGUUCGCUCCCCGCUGGAAUGUGAUUAUCCUGGCGGGGUUGGGAGCCAGCGAAAGCCGGGGAGCGGGUGCUGCCUGCAGGCGUCUGCAAUGGAGGGUGGUAAUGGAAGGCUGGAAUUAGCUGGCUGGAGGAGCACAUAAAAGGAUUUCACCCAAACUCUUAAUGAUUUCUAGCGAAGAGGAGCAAACGCGGCUUUCGUAAGGCAGCAGCAUCUGUCCAAAGUUAUUAAUAUCGUCUCAGUCUUGUCCAGCGAGUGCCACAACCAGGCUAAUUGAGCAGAAUGUACACAAUGAAGCGGCUCAGGGAAUAAAUGGAAGUGUGCCAGUCAAACAGUCCCCACGUACAGCUUCAAAUCCAAAGCCACAAGUGCCUCCAAAGCCAAUACAUCUACAGAAUUUAUCAUCUGUUACGUACCAAACCCCUAGGCAUAAAGCUUUAUCAAAUCAGAAACCAAGAAUGGAGGAAGAUGUACCUACCACUGCUUCUAGUGUCACAAAGGAAAAGUCCAGUAAAGUGUCAGAUCUCAUCAAUCGUUUUGAAGGAGGAAGCCCCUUGAAUCAUAGUGAAUUGAAGAAAGAAUCCUCCAUUCUCAGCAUUUCUAAAUCUCAAGGAAGAUAUGGGUCAACACCAUCACCUCAGCCAAAACUCCCCUUCCAACACCCACUACAAAAACAGGGAAAUGGUAAUACCGACAAAACUCAGGUUGCACAGAUACAAACGGCCAAUGGAGUAGUAGCACAAGACCAGGUGGAAGUUGAGGACAGGAGAUUACCUGAUCAUAGCUCCACUCUGUCCACCCUGGUUCCAGAUAAUUCAAUCAGCACUAGCUUGGUCAAUGGGGAAAGAGAAAGCACUACCAGAGAGUCAUUGCAGACUACAACUGCCUGUGAAGGACAGAUGCUUAACAGCUGCUACAGGACUCCAAGCAGUGAUACACUGCUCCCAUCUGAAAAAGAAACUCUAGAAAUUAAUGCUAGUGUGAAGGAAGAACCAAAUGAGGAAAUCAGUAAGCAAGAUCAACCUGUAGAAACAAAGGAGACGGAUGAACAGAAACGUCACAAAAUUGCCAAUGAACUUCUGCAUACAGAAAAAGCCUAUGUUAGCCGACUUGACCUCCUAGAUCGGGUAUUCUACUCCAGACUCCUAGAAGAAGCUAAUAGAGGCUCAUUUCCAGCUGAAGUGGUUAACAAAAUCUUUUCUAAUAUCUCAUCAAUAAAUGCCUUCCACAGUAAAUUCUUACUUCCAGAACUUGAAAAAAGAAUGCAAGAAUGGACCACCACCCCCAGAAUUGGAGAUAUUCUGCAAAAGUUAGCUCCUUUCCUCAAGAUGUAUGGAGAGUAUGUGAAGAAUUUUGAUAACGCAAUGGAAUUGGUGAAAAUGUGGACUGAACGGUCACCUGUGUUCAAGUUCAUUAUUCAAGACAUUCAGAAAGAAAAAGUGUGUGGAAAUUUGACAUUGCAACAUCACAUGCUAGAACCAGUACAACGCAUUCCACGCUAUGAGAUGCUUCUAAAGGACUACCUACGGAAAUUGCCUCAGGAUUCCCUAGACUGGAAAGAUGCUGAAAAAUCCCUGGAAAUUAUAUCCACUGCAGCAAGUCACUCUAAUAGUGCAAUAAGAAAAAUGGAGAACCUAAAGAAAUUGUUAGAGAUAUAUGAGAUGCUGGGAGAAGAGGAAGACAUUGUCAACCCUUCGAAUGAGCUGAUAAAAGAAGGACAGAUCCUUAAACUCGCUGCUCGCAAUACAUCUGCUCAAGAACGAUAUCUUUUCUUAUUUAACAACAUGUUGCUCUACUGCGUCCCCAAAUUCAGCUUGGUAGGAUCAAAAUUCUCAGUUCGAACCAGAGUUGGCAUAGAUGGUAUGAAGAUUAUAGAGACUCAUAAUGAGGAAUAUCCACACACUUUUCAAGUGUCUGGAAAAGAGCGAACACUGGAGUUGCAGGCCAGUUCUGAACAAGAUAAGGAAGAAUGGAUAAAGGCACUUCAGAACACUAUAGAAGCUUUUCAGCAGAGGAAUGAAACCUUCAGAAAUGCUAUUGCUAAAGAAUAUGAAGAUAUGCCUGCUGAAGUUUCUAACGCUGAGCUUGGGAAGAGAGCACCAAGGUGGAUACGCGACAAUGAAGUAACCAUGUGCAUGAAAUGCAAAGAGCCCUUCAAUGCACUGACGAGGAGAAGGCACCACUGUCGAGCGUGCGGACAUGUGGUUUGCUGGAAAUGUUCUGAUUAUAAGGCUCAUCUCGAAUAUGAUGGCAAUAAAUUGAACAAAGUCUGUAAGGACUGCUAUCAUGUUAUAAUAGGUUGUACAGAUAGUGAAGAAAAGAAGAAGAAAGGCAUCUUGGAGAUUGAAUCUGCUGAAGUCUCCGGAAAUAGUGUCAUAUGUAGCUUUCUUCAAUAUAUGGAAAAAUCAAAGCCCUGGCAGAAAGCAUGGUGUGUUAUACCUAAACAGGAAGCUCUUGUGCUGUACAUGUAUGGUGCUCCACAGGAUGUUAGAGCUCUGGCUACAAUUCCACUUCUGGGCUAUACAGUAGAUGACACUCCAAGAAGUGCUGACCUCCCACACAGCUUCAAACUGACCCAGUCUAAAUCUGUACAUAGCUUUGCUGCGGACAAUGAGGAACUAAAACAGAAAUGGCUAAAAGUUAUCCAUUUAGCUGUCAAAGGUGAGACACCAGAAUGUCAAAAUGAACUGCAGGUGAAUUUAGAAGAGCAGCCUGAAUCUUCUAAAAAAUCUGAAUGCUGAAGCUCAAGAGCAUAUGGUAUUUUAAAAGAUUUCAAUUGAAUUUGUGGUUAACUUCUUUGCGUUAACCUUCCUUUGCUCAAUCAAAAAAAAAAAAACCUUAUAACUACCAUACACAUCUUAGCACUUUAUGUUUGGGAAAAAUUCUGGUCUUUUUAGGGAUCUUUUUCUUAUAUUUAUGUUCUGUCAAUAAAGGUGAUGUACAGGUCCAUUUUGGAGACUUUUUAAAAAAUGUGAAUGCUAUUAAAAAUACCUUCUAACCUUAGCGUACUACUUGUUUGUCGUGAUGCAAAUUUUUUUGAAAAUUCCAAUUGCUAUUUGAUUAAAGUUUGCUACUUUCACGAAGAAUGAAAAUAUUGACGCUUCCUACUUACAUGUUAGGACUUGCAACAGGAUAAAAGAUAUACCUCCACAUUACCAAAAUAGAUCUGUAGUUAAAUAUGCAGGGACAGUUUGGUUUAAUGUAUGUAAUUUAUAGAUCUAAUUCCGCAGAGCUGUACAUAUGUCGUAUUCAUUUGUUUCUUUUUUUAAUUAAAGUAUUGCAAAUUGCUUUUACAUGUGUAUUGGCUUUUAAAGUUUCAAUUGAUCAAGAACACAAUCUAAUGAUUUUCAAUCUAGAAUAUCUAAAAUAUGAAAAACUAUAUAAUAUAUGUACAGUAUUAAAAAUGUACAAUACUUGAUUUUUGCUUUGAUUUCAUGAUACUGGGUUCCUAUUAGUAAAUAAUUUAUUUAAAAGCAUGUUUUCUAUUUGAAAUUAAGCAGAGUCCUAAAUUAACAAAUACUGUUCAGUGAUUUGUUUUAAUAGCUGACAUGUAAUGAUCUUGAUAUUUUUAUGCAUUAAAAAGACAGCAGUAACUGAAGUGGCAUGCAAUGGGCAAGUAAGUUCCAGUUGUGUUUAAAAGAGUAGUCGCUUUUCUUCAGUGUUCUAUCACUGUUACCUUUUAAGAGUGCAGUAGUCCAUUACUAAAAAGCAGUAUGUGGUUUGAGAAAGUGAACAAAUUCUGGUAAUCUUCUCGGUUCAUGUAGUUUUGCUAUUAUGGUUAUUGGAACAUUUUGAACUUUCAAAAAUAUUUUAACUUUUGCAGAGGGCUAGAUAUUGCAAUACUUAUUUAUGACAAUAAUUUUCAAGGAUUAUUGUUGUAAUGUGGAGCCUGCUUUAUAUGAAUUCUAGUAUGAAGUCCGAGCCUGCAAAUCUCAAGUUGCAUUAACAGACCUUAUUUGCAUUCCACUUCUGGGAAUAGAGACUUGUGGGCCUUAUGAUUUUAAGUCCAUUGUGAACUUCCAUUCUUAUUAGGCUUUUUAUAUGUAGAGGCAAAUGACUUCCCCAGUUCAGAAUUUUCACUGUAACAUCCUUGGAUGAAAUACAGUAAAUACAGAGGUAGUGAUUGACUGUCAGGUAGAUAAUUGAAAUUGUUUCCAUCUUUUUUUUUCUCACUCCUCAAAGGAAGGAAAAUAUUUAACUUCUACAAUCAACUUUUCAUGAAAAUAUUCAGCAAUCUUACUUCUCAAAUAUAACUGCUGAUUUUAGAACAUCUCAAGCUAAACAGUUCAGGUAAAGUCCAGUUUUGUAAGUAACACUAGGGCAGACUUAAACUGGACCCUUUUUAUAAUGAGUUUUCAAAACAAAGCAUUCACUAAACUCCCACUUUAUUCUUUUUGUGACACUUGAAAAGUUACUCCAUUUAUUUAGCAGUCACCUCCUUUUUUAGUGUUGUGUGUACCUGAGUGCAAAGAGUCUGUUGUUCUCUUCUACAAAUUCCAUGCAACUUAAUGUUAGUGGGCUGGGUUUUGCUCUCACUCACACAAAUCCAAAAUCUACCAUGGCCUUUAGACCUCAAAGCUUUACGCUAGCGUUGGUAAUAAAAGAACAUGGCUUUGUAGAGUAGGAACUCCACAACUGACACUGUAGGUGGUAGUUCUGAAUUUUUCCCUGGGUGUUCCGUGUGUCUAGAUUAUUCUGCAUGUAACCCAGGUUGGUAUUACUUUAAUGUUAUCUGAUAUGCAAGCUCUUCUGUAAUUCUCUGAGUAUGAGUUACUUCUACAGCAAGCUUAUAUUUACCUUUAGCUAUAGGCAGCUCAAGCCCUUUUUGAUUCAUGCUGGUGGGUACAAACAAUCUGCAUCUGGGUCUCCCCAGCUGUUAUGAUGUGUCAUGUGUACACCUUGGUUAGGGAUGGGGGAACAUUCAGGUAAGCAAGAACAUUAUGUUUAUGGCUGUAUUAUUUUUCCAUGGCCAUCUCCUGAAAGUGGGCAUCUUCUAAAAGAUCCUCAAAUACACCUGUGGGCUCUGCAGGGCCUUCUUACUACAUCCUAAUGUAUUAUAACUUUGCUUCCCACAUUCAACUAGUUCAAUGUAAGAGGAUAAGUUGCCUUAAGGAAGACCCUAAAUUAGAUGGAUUGAGCUAUAUUCAAAAUAAUGUGAUGGUAUGACUGCAAUCAUGUAGCACAUUAUGUUUCUAAGCUCUUGCCAACUUCCUUCUGAGCCAAGUAGGAAGACCUGUUCCAGCUAAAUGAUUAGCGAAAACUAAGAAGCAGCAACUUUUGGGCUACCUUAUUGCUAUGGUGGUACUGAGCAGAAUCUGAGGCUGCUUGAUUGGUUUCAGCGUCUCUCAAAUGAAGCCCUGUAGGUGGGCAUAAAUGGUUUGGGAUAAAACUAACGUUAGGAGUUAUUUAUUUGGACAUUAGCCUCAUGUUUGCUUUCAGCUAUUAAAGUUUAUAUAGCAGGGUAUUUUAUUUACCCUAGUGAGAUUUAUUUCAUGUUCUCAUAAUUAAUUGCAUGCUCAGAAUUGUUCUCCUCUGAGUCAGAAUGUAACGAUACUCAAAUGUAUGGUUCUAUGUGUAUUUUGUAGGAAAAGUGUAUACCACCAAUUUUAAAGGAAAUACAGAAGAUGGAGAAGUUGCUUCUAGAUUUAAGCACCCCUCUAAGUGUUUUACUCCAUUCUCCACAGACUAACCCACAUACAGCAUCCAAAACUUUUUCUUUAGUUUUAAAUUUUCAAUUAUUACUGCAAAGGGACAAGUUCAAAGUAAUAGCUGCUAUGGCUUAAUUAUCAUUACUAAAACAGCCAAGUGCUGGAUUAAAAUCAUAAUUCUAACAUGGUAUACGUUGUUCUCAUUUCAGCUGUUAAACUCUAAAGAAAGCAUUAAUUUUGCUAGCAUAAAGCUGGGUGUGUAGGGAAUAAACUAUAACUGAGCAUUCAUUCAUAAUAUAUGAACAUACGUGAAUGGCUCUGCUGCAUUAUUUAAGCUUUGUGAUUCCUGUGUUCAAGAAAUGCUUGUUUCUCACUUUAAACAAUAAUCACUCUCUUCUGUGCAAUUUAAAGCUGAUCAAACUUAAUUUUGUGCAUUUUUGUCCAUGUUCAAACAGGAUAAUGGCUUAAUUUUAUCCUGAUGUUUGUUUGAAACAUAUUAAUAUAUAUUUCAAUAUGACUUAAUAUUUUUUCCCUAAGAGUAGAAAUAUAGUGUACCUUGACAUCAGCAUGUCUGUACCAUUCUUCCAAAUCUUCAAAAAUUGUUUUCUCAUAUCAGGUACUCCUACUUGGCUGAGGAACUGCUGUAAAAUCUCUAGCAUCUAAUAGUUUCAAACCCCUUUACUUUGAGUAGUUCUGUUCACUCCAAAAGAUAUUUCAUUUUUGGUGUGCAAAAUAAAUCUUGAGAACAGCAAAUAUUCUCUUCUCUUUGGAGUAGAAUAUUAAACUACUUUAAAAGCAUGUAAAACAUAAUGACACCAUUUUAUAAAAAAAAAUCAAAGUUAUAUAUCUCUUUAUAUAUCUCUUCAAAGAUUCUAAAUCCCUUUUGUAGGACAGUUUAAAAAAAAAUGCACGAAGCUGAUUCACUGAUUAAAUGUAGGACAAACCACCACCACAUGCGUAAGCUUUAGAAGAAGUUAUAGAAUAGAUAUGGUCUAAAGAGUUCCAAGUGGAGUCAGGAAAAAAAAAUAUAUAUAUAUGUAUGAAUAUAUACACGCAUAUGUAUAUAUAUGUAUUUGUCAGUGGGAAAGAUGCAAAAACACUUCACAGGUUCUUGGGGUGGUGGUGGUGGUUUUUUUCUAGUUGUAACUACAUAGCUGGUAUGAAAACUGGUCAGCUCUUCAUUUCGAGACCAAGAUAAAUUAAAUGAACAAAGGGAGAAUUUCAGAAGCAAUAGCCCAGCUUUUUCUGAGACUCCAAUUUUUGGAGUUUCUUGUAUUAAAGGAAGGACUUUCAAGAAAAACAAACAUUCCAUGUACAAGCAAUUCUAAGCAAUAAAAAUGGAGCUUUCUCUGUAAAAAAAUAUUUAGAGGUCUUGACCUGGUGUAAACUGGCAUAGCCCUGUUAGAGCUACUAUAGCUGCAAUGAUUUAAAUUCAUGUAGGAUCUGCCUUAUAUUAUGUAAAGACAUUUGCAGAAAAUCGAGAUCUCUCCAAAUUAAGACCAGUUGACUUACUGUCUCAUCUGGAAUCACAGUGCUCAGCUGAACUUUGGACCAGUUUCAGCUGGACAUAAUUGAUAAAGGGGUGAGUGUAAACAGCUGGAAAUGUAUCAUCUGAAAACAAAUAAAUGAUUGGAGAGAGAAUUGAUUUGUUGACUGUCCUUCAAAUAAAUCCAUUAGUGAUACGAGGUCAGUCUUGGUUUGUAGUGUACUGUUGUAUUUGAAAGCUAAAAUGAAAUAUAUGGAGUUAUGUUUUUCCUCCAGUCUGUGCCCUAUUGGUACGAGGAAUUUACCUAGCUGAUUCUGACCCAUAGGACUGUAGUGAAGUAUAUCCUUUGGAUAGGACUUUUAAUCUGCUAGUCAAAUUGUUUCCUAAAUCUUUCUCCUGUAAUAGAACAUAAUGGUAACUUAAUGCAUAUGUAUAUAUUUGAGACUAUUAUAAUAUACAGAUGACCUGCUUUGGGCAGUAUGGCAGUAUUUUACAAUCAAAAAUACACUGUGAUGCAUUUAAAAUAUAAUCUAUAUUGACAAUGUUGAGUAUACUUUUCAGGAGUAAAAAAUCAACAGAAGUGGACCUACUUUUGUAGCGUGUUUACUAUUUCCAACUAAUUUAAAAAAUAAGCUAAAAUUCAGUAAGGCAUUCAGUCUGCUUUCUGUAAAACCUCUUGAUUAAAUUUAUCCCCAAACUUAUCCAUGGCAUUCCACUUUCAUCCCUUCCUCUUCCUAGCGCAAGUGAAUGUAGACUGUGUUUUUUCUCUACUAAAAUCUUCAAGCAGAUUUCUAUGAAUAAAACAUGUUUUCAGCCAGUGUGUAACACCAACCUACUUCAGUUUAUAGUUCAUCCUUGUAGAUUCAUUAACUAUUUAUGGUGAAUUUUUACAGAAAAGGAGGGAACUGUGUCAAAGUGCUUUUGCAUGUAUGCGCCCUAGUAUUAUUAAGAAAGGCAAAUUUGUUGCAUACAGGGAAUUUGCAAUAGAAAUUUUGCAUUUUCUACUCAUAUAUUCUCCAUUCUGCAGCCCUCAAGGAGGAUUAAUACUUUAAUUGUAGUGGGAGCUGGAUCAGAUGUAGUGUGUGACAUCAGAAUUGUAGGCUAUGCACUGUAAUUCCCCUUCAUUAUGGAAGCAUUACUUCUGGUUUUAAUUUGAGAAAACAUAUUUUUUGUUUGUAAAAAUACUAAUAUUUUGAAGAGCUGUAAAUUUGUUCUGGUUUUGCAAUAAACUGAAGAAUAUUAAAAACGUGAAAUUUAAAUGCCAUUGUAAGUUGUGCAAAUCUAAGUGGUAAUUUUUAUGGUCAAGAAAUAUAUGAAUGUAAAAUAUUUGCAGAUACUGUAUAUAUUUUCUGUAAUAUAUGUAUAUUUGGGCAUAAGGUAGGAGUUGGGGAAUUGUAAAAAUUAAGCACUUUAAUUUCUGUUGAGUACUUAAAAAAAAAAAAUUUUGUAUCCUGUAAAAUAAAAGCAUCAUUAAAUAAGUA